AUGGUUCAUAUGAAUAAAUCUGAAGAAUCACAUUAUCGAGAUAAAUUACUUUCAAAAAUAAUUGAAAUAUGUAGUCAAAAUGAUUAUCAACAUAUACCUAAUUUUGCAUUGGCAAUUCUUCUUGAAAAUGAUUAUGUUUUUAUUCAUGAUUCAAAUUCUACAACUGUCCCCGAAGUUUUAUAUGCUGCUGCAUGGAUUUGUGGUGAAUUUUGUUCGUAAGUUAAUAAUGGGAAAAAAAAUUUAUUGAAAGAAUUCUUGUUUUACUUUUCUCUAUAGU